CUCAACAUUGUGCGCGCCCUUAACGCAAAGCCUUCGUUACGCGCACUUCAUACACUUACUCAUCAGAAUCUGUAGCAUUGUAGAAUAUAGAGCUGCAGCAGCGGCAACUGUGCAGCAGCUUACUAUUGUGUGUUUUUCUUUGCUGUUAUUUUUUUUUGUCGUUCUUUGUUUGAAUAAAAUUCUCUGCUAGUCGUGUUUGCGAAACGAAAGCGGCGAAUGUGCCUUAUCGCAACAAGAAAGUGUCGGCAAUCAAUAAGCGGUGUUGUUAGCAUAAUUUAUCUACCAGCAGUGGAAGUGCGCGGAGACAGACUGAGCGAAAUUUGCUUUUGAACAAAUAGAAAAAUAGAAAACUUUACAAAAACAUUGUGCCUAAAUAAGUGCUGUAAUUGAAAUUGCAGUGCGCCUCAAGAAAUGUAUGUAUUUGCUUUCGACGCGCGCAUGCAUUACAAAUUUGCUUAAGAAUUGUGUAGUUCAAGCCGCCGCUGCCCGCCGCUCGUAGGUCGUGCCUCGUGCUAAUUGUACACACUGUAAACACGCGCGUUCAAAAGCCUAAAUCAACAACGCCUGUGUGGUCGCCUAAUCAGCGGUUGAGCCUUCUGCUCAAAAGAAAAAGAAAGGAAAAAGAGAAAAAUAUUCAGAGCGUAAGUGUCAGUUAAUGGCCGGCGUGGCGCCGUCAAACCGUCCAAGCGAUAUUUUGAAGUGCGACAUCAAUCCCGCCAGCCAGCAAUCCGCACUCUUAGCUUGUUAGCAUGCGGACAGGAAUUUUUGAAGUAAGAUCGAUUUACUUGGGUAUAGCUUUAAUAGCAAGCCGAAAAAGAUAAAGUGCGCGUCAGCGACCACGACGAACAUUUGAGAAGCGGUCACAGCCGCGCGGGUGCUAGGUUCACGUACAAAACGGAUGGGAAGAAAGCGAAACAGGCAAGUCUAGUAGUAUCGUAGAUUUUCGCAACACAUCCUUCAUCAAGCAACGGGGCGAAUAUACGCCAACACACCUUACAACAACUACAACAACAACCACGCGCGCUGCAUCCAAACCGCAGCUAAGGCGUACUAAGGAGUUGUUACCGACCAAUUUGUUUGUUAAUAUGUACGUAUUUGACUCUUUCCUUUCAUUGCUGCGGUUGCAAUUGGGCAAAAUUGCUGGGUGUUUUUGUUUUUGCUUUUGCUCUUGUACCAACGUCAAAUUCGAUUUUUAUGACUUUUUGAGCGCGUGACUAAGCGGUGAUUUAUGGUGGCGUAUGGUUUUUAAUAUUCAUGCGCUCGCCGUGGCAGCUUCAAGAGAUAGCAGACCGAAGACCGAAAACGAAAACGAAGAAGAAGAAUAAGCUGCAAAACUAAACACCAACCACAACAACAACACGUUCACCCCUGCGCGCGCGCGUUCGCUUGAGCUUGCGUUUAACGGCAACAAGAACGAUAAUAGUAAAAGCAAAGCGCAUAACUGCCUCAACAACAACAACAAAACCGUAUUAACAACAACAGCACUGCCAAUAGCCACAAGCGCGUAGAGUUAGUUGCCAAGUGAGUCGAGCUUAACUCGUUAGAGCUUGCGUAGGUGCGCUUGUCCAGUAGGCAGGCGAGCAGGCGGACAGUGAGCCAGCACUCGCCGCAUCCAGCUGGUUAGCCAGCAACUCGACGUCGUUCAUUUCGUUGUGAUAUCCUGCUGCGCAUGCGCAAUGGACUCCUCCACGAGUAGCCGCACAAAUGCCGCUGGCAAUAGUGUGCAGCAACAGCAACAAUUGCAAAAUCAUGUGAAGCAACAACAACAACAAUUGCAUCUGAAACCACAACAACACCCACAGUUACGACAACAACAGUCACAACAGCAAUCACAAGCACAGCUAGCGGGCAUGCAGCAGGGUCAGCAAGAACAGCCGACGCAGACGCAGAAAUUGCCACAACAACAACAAUUGCAGAAGUUCAACCAACAAAUGCAGCAGACACAGCGCCUGCAGCAGCAAUCACAGCAACGGCAUGCGCAUGCGCAUGCGCAGACAGCGGUACACUUUUCCUCGACUGCAGCAGUAACAACCACAGCUACAAACACAGCUGCCAUAGCAACGCGCAUCAAGGAGGAACUGUGCGCCGCUGAGCUGCAUGCCACUUCCGUUGCCGCGGCGCUCGAGCAGCAGCAGCUGCAACAACAACGCAUAAACAACAAUAAUAUAAGCAAUAACAACAACGCGCACAGUGGCAACAACAAUACUGGCAAUAUAAGUAAUAUUACAGCAGGUGGCAGCCAUCAGCAUCAAAAAGCAAACUCAACAAAUGCCAACACCACAGCGGUUACUGCUUCGGCUGUCGCGGCCAUGGCAUUGGCGUUGGCGAAGGAAUCGAAUGACGCCGGCGGCAGUGGUCAGCAACAGCUGGGCAAUCUUCAACUCAGCCUUGGUGCGCAAACUCCCCAACAAAAUACGGGCAAUAGCGCGUCUCUUUUGCAAAUGAAUAAGUCCAGCCACAGCGGUGUGAGCGGCGGCAGUAACUCAAGCAGCGCAAAUAGUACCGGAAAUACAGCCGCGCACUGCAACAGUGUGAACAACAGCAACACUACUUCUGCACUAUCGAGCGUUUCGACGACGCCCACCACUACCACCACUAACGAUCUCGCCGCCGCCGCCGCUGUUGUACUCUCCUUGCAGGGCACCAUGGUCAGCAGUCUACAGCAAGCGGCGCUAUUGCCCGUCAAUUCUCCCGCCGCCGCGGCGCUCAAUUUGCAAGCUUUGGAAUCGUACUUGACACUACAGCGCAUCACCGGCAAAUCGGAUGUUUUUCGCUUCAACACAAUAGCCGCAACUAAUAGCAACAACAACGAUAGCGCUGGCGAUGCAAACACCAACAACAGCAACACAAAUUCCUCCAACCUUACUGAUGAAACUAGCAAUAAUAGCAGCUACAAUAUAGCAACAAUGUCGGCUACAGCGCAGUCACUACAGCAGCAGCAGCAGCAGCAGCAACAAGAACUGCCUACGCUAGACACCGCGCACAUUUGCCUAGAGGCGUCCAAAGCGCAGCGCAACGUCAGCACAACGAAUGCCAUACAGACACUGCUGCAGAGCACAGGCGCCACCAGCAAUGAACUCAGCGCCAGCGACCUUGGCGACUGUGACCUGCCGCUGCUAGACGGCGACGAGGGACUUGCCUUUGAGGCUGGCGAACUGGAAAGCAGCUAUAAUAAUUUCAUAUUCAAUAGUAAUGCAUUCAAUUGCAUCACUCAACAGCAGCAGCAGCAGCAACAACAACAGCAAACGCAACAACAGCAGCAGCAGCAGCAGUCGAUUGCACCUGAAAUCGAGUCUAUUUCCACGUUGCAGGCCACCAUGUUUCAAGACAAGCUGAAUCACCAACAGCUCAUCGCAAAUGAAGGUGUCGCUGCAAGCGCGCUUAAUGAGGCUGUUGCAUUGAAUGCUAGUUCACCUGGCGGUGGCGGCGCGGCUGCCAGUGCAACUGUUGCCACUGCCGGCGCUAACACGCAACGCUCCAAGAAACAGUUCAUUUGCAAGUUCUGCAAUCGCCAAUUCACCAAGUCCUAUAAUCUACUCAUACACGAGCGCACACACACCGAUGAGCGGCCCUAUUCCUGCGACAUCUGCGGCAAAGCAUUCCGCCGGCAAGAUCAUCUGCGCGAUCACAGAUACAUUCACUCCAAGGAGAAGCCCUUCAAAUGCGCCGAAUGUGGCAAAGGUUUCUGCCAAUCGCGCACACUGGCCGUACACAAGAUCCUGCACAUGGAGGAGUCACCGCACAAGUGUCCCGUCUGCAAUCGCUCCUUCAAUCAGCGUUCCAAUCUCAAGACCCACUUACUCACCCACACCGAUAUUAAGCCAUAUAAUUGCGCUUCCUGCGGUAAAGUUUUUCGUCGUAACUGCGAUUUGCGUCGUCACAGCCUUACACAUAACCUUUCGGGCAUGUCUGCAGGUGGACUGGGCUCCGGCAACGAACAUUUACUCUCAAUGCCCGUAAGUGUGGCAGAUAUCUUCCAGUCAACGACUGGUGGCGGUACUGGUGGUGGUGGUGGUGGUGGUGGUGGUAAUUCCAUGACGACAUCACGUAAUUCGGGCUCAAAGGCUACGGUUGCACUGUUGCCAAAUUGCAGCACAGUGCGGAAUGCCGCCGCGUUAGAUCUGAUUGCUGUUACUGACUAAAGGCAGCUGCUGUUUCGAUUAAUGAAAGGGUAAUAUAUGCAUAGUCAUAUACAUACAUACAUAUUUACAUAAUAAUAAUAGGCCUUACAAUUGUGAUUGACACCACGUGGGACUGUUUCAUGUCUACUUACGAAAAUGGGUUGUUUUUGAAAUAAUCUCUAGGUACAUAAGACGCGUGCGCGAGGCUGUAAUAAGCUCAAAUGGGCAAUUUGGUAUGCAUUUACACUACUACAUAUACAUACAUAGUACAUAGAAGAUAGCAGCGCAUACACGCUUAGCUGCGACAUAUCGUUAUCGGAAUACUUAAAGGCCCCAUGUGCAAAUAUACUUAUGUACAUACAUUGUAGUAAAUAGCCGUUUAGGUGUAAAAAAUGCCAGAUAAAAUUGUUCCAGUUUACAGUCAGUCCUAAUCAAGCGCAUUUAGCGUUAACGUUGUAUGUAUUUAUGAAUAUCUCUUUCUAAAACAUAAAAUUUACAUAAUCAGAGUGAAUUUUAAACCCAUUCAAUUUGAAAUCAAGGUGACAUUGCCCGAAAUUCACUCGGAAGUGAAUGGCAGAACCUGCCUGAAUGCAAAACGUCAGUAGGGGACAGGCUGACAAGCGCAGCGCUAUACGUGCUGCUUUCGAUCCGAAACGCUGGCCUUCGUUCAGUCCCAAAUGAAUUAUUUAAAUCUUAUCUUACUAAUAUUAUAAAUGUGAAAGUUUGUAUGUUUGGAUAUUUGGGAAA